CGGCCAAUGGCAGCGGGGCACAGGGUAUAUAUGUCUAGGUCCUUGAGCCAGGCUUUCGGGUCACCUGUUGUGCUGGAGUGAGACAAGGCAGCGCCAAGCCCCUGGGGAUUUUGCAGGAUUUGAUUCUCCCUGUCAGGUAACAGCUGUCUCUGGUUCCCAGAUUUGGGCGCGUGGGGUGGGAGAAGGGAGGACAGAGAAACGGGCAGCAACAGCUGCAGGUGCGUCGCCUGCAAAGCAGGCCAGAUUUUUUAAAAUCUGGAAUUUGAUCUAUCAAGUGGAUGGGGAGCGUGGGUGGCAGUCCAGGGCAUUUGGGGCGCCAGCAGGGACCCCCUACUCCAGCAAUCUGCUUCGGUGCUUCGCCCCCUAGAAUGGCCAAGUAUAGGGUUGCCAGGCUCCUAGAGCUGCCCUUCUUUUCGUACGGCCCCAAAUGGCGCCAGUGACCCCAAACCUUGCAAUGACCUUGCUGAGUGCCCUAGACGGGCGUCCUUGCUGCUUGUGAGCUGGAGAGGAGGUCCAAGAAGACCCUGGCAUGCGCUCACUGGCCAGCCCUCCUGCAAGCCCCUGCCAAACUCUCCCCCUCUCUCCUUUCCCCGCUUCCCUCCCCAACCCCCUCACCCCGCCUGGAGAUUGGAUUCCUCGCUGGGCACUUGGAUCCAGGGACCGCUGACACUUUGCAAAAGUAGCCGCUGGAAUGCAAGCUGAGCUGGCAGCCAAAAUGUUCCUCCACGCCAUUGGGGGCCCUUUUGUGGACAAGAAAGUCGGCUAUAAAUAAACCGGUUUCCGAGGGGCUGAGGGCUAAAAUUAUCCCUGGCUCUCCACCGGCGGCAACUAGAUAGGAGUGCUGGAGCCUGCACGCCCCCUGCCCCACACCUCCCCACCCACUUGGCACCCAGGGGGGCCCCUCUUGACCUCUCCAUAUGGGUUCCAUACAGACAGGCCGCAGAGCUGGGAAUGGGAUUCCUCGCCACCUUGGGAACUCUCCACUCCCCAGCAGAGAGGCUGGGCGCAAGGGGAAUAAAUAAUAAUAAUAAUAAUAAUAAUUAAUAAUGCAUAUCUAGAAUAAGCACUGACCCAUGGAACGGCCCUUGCCACAGGGGCUGCCGGUGUGCUUUGCACGCUUCAAGUUCCCAGACCUCAAGAAAAACGGCUGGGCAAAUUAAGAAGGAGGUGGAGAAAGUGGAUAGGCCCCUCAUUGAGAACCUCGGAGGAGCCUGGCUGCUGGUUCAGGCCAACGGCCCAACAAGCCCAGCAUCCCAGAUGCUUCUUCUGGGGAACCUGCAAACAGGAUUUGAACACAGAGCCCUCUCCUCCUCUCCUGUGGUUUCCAGCAGCUGGGAUUCAGGAGCACUGCUGCCUCCAACGGUGGAGGCAGAGCAAUAACCGUUAUGGCUAAUAGAUAACAAUAGUCAUCUCCUCCUCCAUGAAUUUUCCCCAUCCUCUUUUAAUGCCAUCCAGGUUCGUGGCUGUCGCUGUUUCCUUCAGCAGCGAGUUCCAUAGUUUAACUAUGUGCUGUACGAAGGACGACUUUCUUUCCUCCAUCCCAAAUCAUCCAACGCUCAGUCUCAUUGCGUUAUGGAGAGAGGAUGCAGAUGGCACUGUGGUCUAAGCCACAGAGCCUAGGGCUUGCCGAUCAGAAGGCUGGCGGUUCGAAUCCCCGCAACGGGGUGAGCUCCCUUUGCUCAGUCCCUGCUCCUGCCAACCUAGCAGUUCGAAAGCACGGCAAAGUGCAAGUAGAUAAAUAGGUAGCGCUCCGGUGGGAAGGUAAACGGCGUUUCCAUGCGCUGCUCUAGUUCGCCAGAAGCGGCUUAGUCAUGCUGGCCACAUGACCCGGAAGCUGUACGCCGGCUCCCUCGGCCAAGAAAGCGAGAUGAGCACCGCAACCCCAGAGUCGUUCGUGACUGGACCUAAUGGUCAGGGGUCCCUUUACCUUUACCUUACGGGGUGGAAAAACUUCUCUCUCUCUGCUAUCUCCAUGCCAAACAUAGCAUAUUUUUCGCUCUAUAAGACGCACCAGACCACAAGACGCACCUAGUUUUUGGAGAAGGAAAACAAGAAAAAAAAAUAUUCUGAAUCUCAGAAGCCAGAACAGCAAGAGGGAUCGCUGCGCAGUGAAAGCAGCAAUCCCCCUUGCUGUUCUGGCUUCUGGGAUAGCUGCGCAGCCUGCAUUCGCUCCAUAAGACGCACACACAUUUCCCCUUACUUAUUAGAAGGGAGAAAGUGAAUCUUAUAGAGCAAAAAAUACGGUAAUUUUUAUAAAGCCCUAUUGCACCUACCUGCAAACUUUAAAAGCCCUCAACGCUGUGCCCUGCUUUCUUGCCACAGGACUCUCCCCGCCACCCGCCACCAUGCCUUUCGGAAACACCCACAACAAGUACAAGCUGAACUACAAGUGCGAUGAGGAGUUCCCUGACCUCUCUAAACACAACAACCACAUGGCCAAGGUCCUCACCAAGGAGCUUUAUGAACAGCUGCGUGGCAAGGAGACUCCCAGCGGCUUCACCCUGGACGACUGCAUCCAGACCGGUGUGGACAACCCAGGUGGGUGGUCCCUCUUGGACAAACCAAAUGCUAAAGCCACACUGAGCAUCUCUCUUUGCUUUGCGGGCAAAGAGGUCGCCCAAAGCCAGGCAUGCAAUUUCUCCCCAGUCCGGCUUGCCAUCUCCCUCUGGUGGCCAGUUUGCAUACUUUUACAUGCAUUUGCCACACAGUGCGGGGGGUGGGGGGUGGGGGGUGGAGGCCGGGGGGGGGGCGGGGAAAGGGGAGGAAACAAAAGAGUCCAGAGUCCAGCCUGCUUUGAGCCCCAGCAGCUAGAAAGAGUAACAAGGCAUGAGAAUCGCAGGAGGGCAGGUCUGGAAGGGAUCCCAAGGUCAUCUGGUCCAACCCGUUGCAAUGGAGGAAUAGCACCUGUAAUUCAGAACAACCCCUUUUCCCGUGGAGAUUUAAUUGGAAGGUCCCUGUGGCAGAACAUCUGCCUGGGAGCCCUGGCCAUAGCUGUCAACUUACAGAUUUGAAAAUAAGGGACCAGCAGCCUCGAAAAUAAGGGAUCAGCAGCCAAAAUAAGGGGUUUUAGUCAACCAGCAGCCAAAUGAAGCCUCAAGCGGUGGUUCCCACAGCGCAGCAACCUGGCAAAGGGGAUGCAGCAAGGAAAACCACCGUCACCUCUCCACUGGGAAGCGCUGAGCAAAGGCGAGUCCCCAGGCAACAUGGCCGAUUUGAUCGGCACAAGGCAUGCAAGCUCCACCCCCCAGUCGUUCUUAGACUCCUUAUUGGGUGAGCAACGCAGCCAAGCAACACAGUUGGAGCCUCCCUCCUCCCUGGCCGGCAGGGAAGGAGGGAGAGGAGCUGCUUCCUUUGAAACCAGGGAAAUUUAAGGGACAUCAUCAAUAAGGGACAGCAGCGGGACAUGGCGCUGGGAUAAGGGACUGUCCCACCAAAUAAGGGAAGCUUGACAGCUAUGGCCCUGGCAAUGUCACCCUUCUGAAACCCUGGAGAGCUGAGCUGCCAGUCAGUGUGGGGAACACUUGGCUCAAUGGGCCAGUGGGUCUGACUUGACAUAAGACAGCUUCCUAGGUUCCUAACUGAGAAAAGAUUAAAGGUAAAGGGACCCCUGACCAUUAGGUCCAUUUGUGGCCGACUCUGGGGUUGCGGCGCUCAUCUUGCUUUACUGGCCGAGGGAGCCGGCGUACAGCUUCCGGGUCAUGUGGCCAGCAUGACUAAGCCGCUUCUGGCGAACCAGAGCAGCGCACGGAAAUGCCAAUUACCUUCCUGCCGGAGCGGUGCCUAUUUAUCUACUUGCACUUUGUUGUGCUUUUGAACUGCUAGGUUGGCAGGAGCAGGGACCGAGCAACGGGAGCUCACCCCGUCGCGGGGAUUCGAACCGCUGAUCUUCUGAUCAGCAAGCCCUAGGCUCCCACAGAGCCACCUGCGUCCCUUGAGAAUAGAUUAGACCAUAACAAUUUACCAAAUCAGGUCCCCAGCUGUAGUAUAAAUACAAGGACCCACAUAUUACAUACAAAAGCCCAAACAAACCUCUUGCAAGUUGCAAAUAUUACUGGGAGUGUUGACUUCCAGCCAACCACAGGAAGUGGUUUCUUCGGAGGCUACCAGCUGACCACUCCUGGAUUAAAUAGCCAAGCCCCCUUGCUGGGUUCAAUUUGUGGGGGAUGCACAUAAAACCCUGCGCAUAGUUCUGCAUGUCUCCAGCAGAGACACAGGCUUCAUUCAUUCAUUUGUAUGCAAUUUUUCCACAAACACACACACACACACAGCAAAAAUCAUGCUCAAAGCGGCUUACAAGAAAGAAAACAACGUUAUGAAAACAAUUGCAUCAUAGCCUGGAAAAGACACUGGAGGGAAAUACUUGUGGUUUUGGUUGUCUCUAUACUAAUGCCCAGAGCAUGGGAAAUAAGCAAAAUGAGCUGGAGCGCUUAACACAGGGGCCUACAAUUCUAUGAUUCCCUGACCCUGCAGAGUGAGAUCUCACGUGCAGUGGCUGUUCCUUUUCAACAAGGCUUGCCAAAGAGAGCACCCCAGUGGUCGUACCUGGCAAUCUCCCACUUUGAACACUCUAAUCCCAUUCCCCCAGGCCUCUGGGAGUCAUCCGUUUUUUAAGGGGCAGGGCAAUAUGUCCCUGAUCAUAUUAUUUAUGAAUUAUAGAAUUGUAAAGUUUGAAGGGACUCGCUCCCCCCCCCAAGGGUCAUGUACUCCAGCCUCCUGCAACAAGAGAAUCACAGCUAAAAUAAUCCCUGGCAGAUGGCCAUCAAUGAAGAACGCUGCUUCAGGUGCCCUUCUCCUAAUCUAACGCCUCCUCCCUCGUUCACACACAGGCCACCCCUUCAUCAUGACCGUGGGCUGUGUGGCUGGUGAUGAAGAGAGCUAUACCGUAUUCAGCGGACUCUUUGACCCUGUCAUCCGGGACCGUCAUUGCGGCUACAAGCCAACUGACAAGCAUAAGACCGACCUGAACCACGAGAACCUGAAGGUAGGAACCAGGACUGGCCAGGGCUGAGGGGCUGGAGGGCUGAGCCGUAGUUCUAUAGGGGCGCCCAUGCUUUGGACACGCAAAUUUUAACCCCCCCCCCCCAGUGCCUGGUUCCCUGAACAAGAGAACUCACCUGCACAGGAGGCAGCGACAACUAUCAACCUGGAUUCAGGACAGAUAAAAAGAAGGACAGAGUCCAAGUUAGCCUGUGGAACUCCCUCCCACAAGAGUCAGGGAUGGCCACCAAAACUUGAUGGGCCCCAAUCCAGCAGCCAGGCUCUUCUUGCCAGUCAGAGUAGACCCGCCUUUGCCAACCUGCUACCCCAAACAUCUGGAGGGCGCCAGGUUGGCAAAGGCUGGAAGAGACGGCACUGUGCUUGACAGAUUCGUGAUUUGACUUGGGAGGGGGGCAGGUCCAGACGCUCGCACGGAACGGGGAGGGACCGCCGUGCUUGUGAGAAAGGGAAGUGUGUCAGGGGCUUGCCUGGCCAACUCACGGCAGGCCUCUGCCUCUCUGUUCCCCACAGGGUGGAGAUGACCUGGACCCGAACUAUGUCCUCAGCAGCCGCGUGAGGACUGGGCGCAGCAUCAAGGGGUACACCCUGCCCCCCCACUGCAGCCGCGGAGAGCGCCGGGCUGUUGAGAACCUCUCCAUCACUGGUAAGGCUGGAAGAAUCGCAAAACAGAUUCCUUCUUUGGGUAGCGCAAGAGUUGAACUGCGGAACUCCCUGCCACAGGAUGGCUUCGAAAAACAAUUAGACAAAUUCAGGGAGAAGGAGAGGGCUGUUAGCCACGAUGGCUGGGCUCUGGGCUCCGCAGCUGGAGGCAGCUGUGCUCCUAAACACCAGUGGCUGGAAACCGCAAGAGGGAAGCGUGAUCUUGUGUUCGAAUCCUGCUGGUAGGUUUCCUGUGGGGGGAAACAGGAUGGUGGAGUAUUUGCACUCCCUUCGCCUGAUCCAGCCAGCUUUCCUUAUGUUCUUAAGGUGACAAGAGGAACCAGGAAUGUCUUAAGGGCUCUCUCUUUGAAAGAUCAGUGCAUCCCCCCUGAUUUUGGGCCAUUUCUGCACUAUUCACACUAAUUUAAGUCAUUCCUUCUUCCUAAGGAGGCCUGGGAACUGUAGGUUUAGGGUGUCUUUUUUGAAAAGCCUUUGCAGGGCCAAACUAGAUUACAAGAAGAAGAAAUUCUAAGUUUGAAGUGCAGUUAAAGAGGGCUUUUUGCAGCCUCUAGAAUCAAGAGGGAACAAUCUGCUCAGGAUCUCUUUUGGGAUGAAAAUCCAUCAGACGUUCGCCAAAUAUCUGCUGACUCUGGGCAGCAUUUGAUUUCAGUCUCUGAAUUGUUCGAGAGCUGACAUGCAGUGGCAUGAGGUAUUUGGCAAAGGUCUGAUGAUGUUUACUUCUGUGUUUAGUAAAUAGCAGGCAAUGGAAUCCAGUCUUUAACAGAUGUCAGUUCAUGAAGCUUCAAAUUUGACAUAUGACCCAAAUCAAAAGAAUGAGGGAGAAUGCCCUCUGCUACAAAGCACACCCAAAAUUCAAAGUUGGGAGAGACGCCCCCUAUUCAGAAUGUGCUGUGUACGUACACAGAUAGACGAAAUAUGCUUUUAUUUGGCAAUAUGGGGAGCAUAUUAAGACCGUGGUGGGUUUUUUUGUUUUGUUUUUUUACUAACAAAAAGUUUUAUUUAUAAAGAACUACAAUUCAACACCAAUGUAGAAAAGUUUUUGAAAAUUAUGCAAGCACAAAUUAAGUAACUGGCUUCAUUCUUCGCUCUUCAGACACCAACGGUAGAAUUGGGAGUGAUACCAUGAAACCACUGCAUAUUUUCUUCUAUAGAUUUAAAGAUUAAAAUAAUAAGCAAAACAGACUCAAUAGCUAUUUCUAGUCAGAAACACUCUGUAGAAGAGUAAUAUUGUCUCCUUUUAACAUGAUUCGACUCAGCUGUUUCCUUGAUUUUGUCUUGGAGUGAAUCUCCUCAGCAUCUUACAGAACCAAGUUCAUAUACUCAUCAAAUCCAAUAAUACAGCCUUCUAGCCUCAUGUCCACCUGUUCAUACAGCACACCUGAAUUCUGGACCUAUUCUGUAGGUAGCUGAAGAUGAGGGUGAUGGGCUGCACCAUCACUUUCUGCACCUUCUGGCCUUGGCUGGCAGCUGGGCUGGGAACGACCCCCUACAGGACGAGCCAACAUAGGUGGGAUGGGGCACCCUAUGGUGAACUCCUCUCACUCCUCGCUUUCAUUGUUGUUGUUUAGUCGUUUAGUCGUGUCCGACUCUUCGUGUCCCCCUGGACCAGAGCACGCCAGGCCCUCCUGUCUUCCACUGCCUCCCGCAGUUUGGUCAGACUCACGUUUGUAGCUUCGAGAACACUGUCCCACCAUCUCGUCCUCUGUCGUCCCCUUCUCCUUGUGCCCUCCAUCUUUCCCAACAUCAGGGUCUUUUCCAGGGAGUCUUCUCUUCUCAUGAGGUGGCCAAAGUCUUGGAGCCUCAGCUUCAGGAUCUGUCCUUCCAGUGAGCACUCAGGGCUGAUUUCCUUCAGAAUGGAGAGGUUUGAUCUUCUUGCAGUCCAUGGGACUCUCAAGAGUCUCCUCCAGCACCAGAAUUCAAAAGCAUCCAUUCUUCGGCGAUCAGCCUUCUUUAUGGUCCAGCUCUCACUUCCAUACAUCGCUACUGGGAAAACCAGAGCUUGAACUAUACAGACCUUUGUAGGCUAGGUGAUGUCUAGCGUUAGCCUUUUUUGCUGCUGCAUCACACAGUCAACUCAUGUUUGGCUUGUGGUCCACAAAGUCCCAUAGAUGCUUUCCACAUGUACUGCUGGCAAGCGAGGCGUCCCCCAUCUUAUAUUCCUACCUGAGUGUAGAACCUUGGGGGGGGGGGAAGCAAAACGGGAAAUAAACGACAGUGCCAAAAUGUGUGGGUGUCACAGGAUGAAAUAGUGAGCCACACAUCCAGACAGUGACUGCUAGAGAUAGGCAGUCGUGGCUGCAAGGCCUCUCUGGUCCACACUCCCAUGCACCAUAGCGGGCCAUGCAGGCUGUGUCCAAAUGGUCCUCCAUCGCAGCGGGUUGGGCUAGAUGACCUUUGGGGGUCCCUCCCAAUUCUGCAACUCUAUGGUUCUACGAAAUGGUCAGCGCCUAGGCGUGGCCUCCUCCACUUGGUGUCUCUCCCCAGCUCACCUCCCUGCCUUUCCCCCUGUUCCACAGCCUUGAACAGCUUGACCGGAGAGUUCAAGGGCAAGUACUAUCCUCUGAAGAACAUGACCGACGCAGAACAGCAGCAGCUCAUUGAUGACCACUUCCUCUUUGACAAGCCCGUCUCUCCUCUCCUGCUCGCCUCAGGCAUGGCCCGGGACUGGCCCGACGCCAGAGGCAUCUGGUAAGCAGCAACACAUUGAUACCCUGCAACGUUUUUCUGAUGAAAAUAGGGACAUCCUGUUCAGUGACAGAGGGAUGCGGGUGGCGCUGUGGGUUAAACCACAGAGCCGAGGGCGUGCCGAUCAGAAGGUCGGCGGUUCGAAUCCCCGCGACGGGGUGAGCUCCCGUUGCUCGGUCCCAGCUCCUGCCAACCUAGCAGUUCGAAAGCACGUCAAAGUGCAAGUAGAUCAAUAGGUACCGCUCCGGCAGGAAGGUAAAGGGCGUUUCCGUGCGCUGCUCUGGUUCGCCAGAAGCGGCUCAGUCAUGCUGGCCACAUGACCCGGAAGCUGUACGCCGGCUCCCUCGGCCAAUAAAGCGAGAUGAGAGCCACAACCCCAGAGUCGUUCGCAACUGGACUUAACUGUCAGGGGUUCUUUACCUUUUUCAUUCAGUGACAACAACAAGAACAAUUUUAUUGUUUAUACCCUGUCCAUCUGAUUGGUUUGCCCCAGCCACUCUGGGCACGUCCAGCUCCACCCAACCUCUCACGCCCUUCCUUCGCAGCUUGCAAAAUGUUCAAUGGAGCAGGGGCCACCCAAACUGCAUUGUGCGGCUUGCAAAAAUAUAGCAUAGAUACGUUUUUUCUGCAAACGAUACAAACAUUUUGCUCCCUGUUCUACGUGUCCUCCCCUUUUUUUGAAAGCGUUGCAGUGCGUAUCUGCAUUGUACCACCCGAUCACGUCAUGUGUGCAAUUAUCUUAUGCGGUUUCAACCUUACACUGGUUGAGAUCCUGCAGAUUAAUUGCAUGCAAGGCCGUGAGCUUAAAAGCCCCUUUUGCACCAGGUUUUCCUGACAUGGGAAGAGCUUCAAAGCCUUGCUCUGCUGGGAAUUUGGAGGGCCCACGAAAUCUCGCGAGAGCAUCCCAGAUUCACCUUGCUUGUGAAGUAAGGAUGGUCGUUCAGGGGGUGGUUCGGCUAUGUGCAUUUUUGCAUAUAUGCACCACCCUACAACAUACCCCCUGUGCAAAAUGCAUUCAUACCAUAUGGUUUCUAUCUUCUGUUGAAAGCUGCCUCGAACACCCUGGUAGAAAGGUUGGAUAGAAAUGAUCAUGAUAAAGAUGCUAAUAAUUAAUAAUAAUAAUAAUAAUAAUAAUAAUAAUAAUAAUAAUUUAUUAUUUAUACCCCACCCAUCUGGCUGAGUUUUCCCAGCCACUCUGGGCGGCUUCCAAUCAAGUGUUAAAAACAAUACAGCAUUAAAUAUUAAAAACUUCCCUAAACAGGGCUGCCUUCAGAUGUCUUUUAAAAAGAAGAUAGCUGCUUAUUUCCUUCACACCUGAAGGGAGGGCGUUCCACAGGGCGGGCGCCACUACCGAGAAGGCCCUCUGCCUGGUUCCCUGUAACCUCACUUCUCGCAAUGAGGGAACCGCCAGAAGGCCCUCAGUGCUGGAUCUCAGUGUCCAGGCAGAACGAUGGGGGUGGAGACGCUCCUUCAGGUAUACUGGACCGAGGCCGUUUAGGGCUUUAGAGGUCAGCACCAACACAAACGUAGUGGGAGCCAAUGCAGAUCUCUCAGGACCGGUGUUAUGUGUAAAUGAUAAUAAUUACAUUCCUGGUGCGCUUCAAUGCCCUUUUGUGCUGUCACAGUACCUCCAAUGCACUCGAGAGGUUUGAGGCCCUCAGGCCUGCGGCGUUCACACUCUCCCCUCUGCCUCCCCCCCCCCCCAGGCACAAUGACAACAAAACCUUCCUGGUCUGGGUGAACGAGGAGGACCAUCUCCGCGUCAUCUCCAUGCAGAAGGGCGGCAACAUGAAGGAGGUUUUCCGGCGCUUCUGCGUCGGGCUGCAGAAGGUGAGCUUUGCAGAGGGGCUGCUUUGAAGGGGGGGGGGAGAGAGGCACCUGGCUGUCUCAGAGGCCACGUGGGGAGAGCUGUGGGGUUUUGGGCUGGCAGAGAACGGUAGCCCAGAGAGAAAGUCCCUGGCAGGCAGAGGAGCAUCAUGUGAUGCAUGAUUCCCGCAUCGCAGGAGGUUAGACUAGAGGACCUCUGGGGGUCCCUUCCAAUUCUACAAUUCUCAUUGCCAACAACUAUUUAUUACAAUUCCAAGAUUCGUGGGAGGCACCUGACAGGCUCACAGGUGACUCAGGCAGGCUGCGGUCAGUUGACAGUGUCCGAGAUGGUACCACCUGCAGUUCUGCCUCUUCACUGGCUGAGCUGGGUUUGAGGUCCGGGAUGCUUGCCACGAUUGCUAGCAGGAGUGAGGCCCUGGCAGCCCAAAGCACCUGUGCUCAAAGAUCUGCGCCAGCUGCCGAGGUCCCUUUGGGCUGAGUUAAUGUUCUUGCAGUUCAUAACCACUUGAAGCCCAUUUACCUCACUCCAAAUGUGCCUCGCCCCAUAUGUGCAUAGCUGUCAACCGUCCCUUAUUUGGCAGGAAACUCCCUUAUCCCAGCGCUGUGUCCCGCUGCUGUCCCUUGUGGAUGAUGUCCCUUAAAUUUCCUGGGUUUCAUGCUCGCCCGGCUCGGGAGGGAAGCAGCGGCUCAGGGUUCUCUGCCACGCACGCGAGCGUGCGCACGAGCUGCCGCGUCUCCGUCUCUCCCUUUUCCCCCUCAGUGGCGUGUCCUGAGGAGAUGGGUGGUGGCGGGCGGGUAGGCAGCCCCUCUCUUGCAAGACUUCUGCCAUGCUGCUAGGGGAAGCCGGAGGCGGCAGCGGCGGCUGAGGAGGCGGCCUGAGGGAGGAGGAAGAGGAGGGGAUGGGGAGGGACGCAGAAGGGCGGCGCUUCAGGGCUGCCGCGGUGUCGCAACCACCUCAUGCCGGGCUCACGGGUGGCGUGGGCGAGAGUCUCCCUCCCUCCCUCUCUCUCGGGCGGGGAAGGGCAGAUGGAACUCCUCGCACCAGGAAGACAGCAGCCCCGACGUGCUGCUUAGCAUCCCCUCCAACCAGUGCAGCAUCUUAAUGUAGUGAUUUCCCCCUCUGCAUCCCUUUCAUACCUCUAUUUUUAUAAAUCAUUUGUCCAUCCACAGUUCAAAGUUUUCUGUCAAUCCUACCAAUGUAUGUAACUCUUUACAAUAGCUUUUCAACUAAAUUAUAAACUUUCCCCAUUCUUUAUUAAAGAGGUCCUCUUCCUGGUUUCAAAUUCUGCCUGUAAGCUUUGCCAUCUCGACGUCGUUCAUCAGUUUUGUCUGCCGGUCUUCUUUGGUGGGAGUUGUAGACCCUUAGGAUCAUCACAGUGGAAUUUGCUGCCAAGGAGUGUGGUGGAGUCUCCUUCUUUGGAGGUCUUUAAGCAGAGGCUUGACAACCAUAUGUCAGGAGUGCUCUGAUGGUGUUUCCUGCUUGGCAGGGGGUUGGACUCGAUGGCCCUUGUGGUCUCUUCCAACUCUAUGAUUCUAUGAUUCUAUGACCUAGUCCAACCCCCCUGCAAAACACCGUCAGUGGCAGCCAAAGUAGUAUGGCUCCAUGAGUAGCGGAUUUCUGCAUAAGCUAAGCAAAAUCCCUUAUUUUGGUUGCUGAUCCCUUAUUUUCGAGGCUGCUGGUCCCUUAUUUUCAAAUCUGUAAGUUGACAGCUAUGCAUAUGUGCCCGCUUCAAUCGAUGGAACUGGCACUAUCACAGGUGCCAUGUAAGACCCAUUUAACACUGGUUAGCAAUCGAUCAUUUAGUGUGGCUCCACCUACACUUUGGAACUCCCUGCCUGUUGACAUCAGGGCCUUUGCUGUACUUUAUCGGCACCUCCUAAAAACAUUCCUGCCUAAAGAACCCAGAGCCUUAGAAGGUUGGCGCAAGUUUCGAUCAACUUCUUGAAAGUUUCAAAGUGUCCUUGUUGAUUUUUCCUAUUUGAUUCCAUCUUUUCUGCAAACAGCUUUGAGGUGUUCUCCCUCCUGCCAAUCAAUUGGUGGUAUAAAUUUCAUGAAAUAAAACCAGAGGUCGGCAAACUUUUUCAGCAGGGGGCCGGUCCACUGUCCCUCAGACCUUGUGGGGGGCCAGACUAUAUUGUGAAAAAAAUAAUGAACGAAUUCCUAAGCCCCACCCACAAAUAACCCAGAGAUGCAUUUUAAAUAAAAGGACACAUUCUAUUUAUAUAAAAACACGCGGAUUCCCGGACCGUCCGCGGGCCGGAUUUAGAAGGCGAUUGGGCCGGAUCUGACCCUUGGGCCUUAGUCUGCCUACUCAUGAAAUAAAUGAAUGAGAACUCCAAGUCCUGGGCACUGCCAACUCCCUACAAGGUCCUACAGUGGACAUUCCCAGUUUUGCAGAUAAAAGACUGAAGGAGCUUCUUUAAAAGACAUCUGAAGGUAGCCCUGUUUAGGGAAGUUUUUAAUAUUUAAUGCUGUAUUGUUUUUAACACUCAAUUGGAAGCCGCCCAGUGUGGCUGGGGAAACUCAGCCAGAUGGGUGGGGUAUAAAUAAUAAUAAUAAUAAAUAAUAAUAAUAAUAAUAAUAAUAAUCUCUCAUCCUGCUCAUCUUUUCCUUUUUCUUGGGGAAGAUUGAGGAGAUCUUCAAGAAAGCUGGCCACCCCUUCAGCUGGAACGAGCACUUGGGCUAUAUCCUGACCUGCCCCUCUAACCUGGGCACUGGGCUGCGUGGGGGUGUCCACGUCAAACUGCCCCAUCUCAGCAAGCAUGCCAAGUUUGAGGAAAUCCUCACGCGUCUCCGUCUGCAGAAACGUGGCACAGGUGAGAGGGCAGGAGGGGAUUUCCAUCCUUAUUUCCAGAAAUAAGACAAUCUGGUGGCACCUCAAAGGGACUAGGGACUUGAAUUUAUUUUUAAUCGCUCCCUUGGCCCCACUUACCUGGGAGCGAGCCCUGGGGGGGCGGGGAUUCAGUCCCUGCACUUCUGAGUAGACAGGGUUAGGCUCGUGCUGUUAUUUGUGGGGCCCCCUUGCCCAUCUCGUGCCAUGCAAUUGACUGGUGGUUGCUGCAUUGCAGGGGGUUGGGGUAGAUGACCUCUGGGUGUCCCCCUCCAGCUUUACAGUUCAAUGACUGCAUGUUGAAUUAGGCAGAGGGGUGAGGGGAAGGGGCUGGGGAAUGCGCUUCUUUGCAGAGAUAAAUCUUUGGUCUGGAAUCCAAUCCUUAUGAGGGAUGCUCGAGGGAGCUGGGUAUUUUUAGACUGGAGAAGAGAUGGCCGAGAGCUGAUACAAUGACCCUCUUCAAAUAUCUGAAGGGCUGUUGCAUUCUGUGUCCAGGGCAGCUGUCUGCCAGCUCCAUCUGGUACGCAGGCUGAGACCCUCUCUGCCCGCAGACAGUCUUGCCAGAGUGGUGCAUGCUCUAGUUAUCUCCCGCUUGGACUACUGCAAUGCGCUCUACAUGGGGCUACCUUUGAAGGUGACCUGGAAACUACAACUAAUCCAGAAUGCGGCAGCUAGACUGGUGACUGGGAGUGGCAGCCGAGACCACAUAACACCGGUCUUGAAAGACCUACAUUGGCUCCCAGUACGUUUCUGAGCACAAUUCAAAGUGUUGAUGUUGACCUUUAAAGUCCUAAACGGCCUCGGCCCAGUAUACCUGAAGGAGCGUCUCCACGCCCAUUAUUCAGCCCGGACGCUGAGGUCCAGCUCCAAGGGCCUUCUGGCGGUUCCCUCAUUGCGGGAAGCCAAGUUACAGGGAACCAGGCAGAGGGCCUUCUCGGUAGUGGCUCCUGCCCUGUGGAACGCCCUCCCACCAGAUGUCAAAGCGAUAAACAACUAUCUGACAUUUAGAAGACAUCUGAAGGCAGCCCUGUUCAGGGAAGUUUUUAAUGUGUGACAUUUUAGUGUAUUUUUGGUCUCUGUGGAAGCCGCCCAGAGUGGCUGGGGAAACCCAGCCAGAUGGGCGGGGUACAAAUAAUAAAUUAUUAUUAUUAUUAUUAUUAUUAUUAUUAUUAUUGCAACAAGGAGGGAGCCAGCAGGGCCCGAAGCGAUAGAUUCCGGACGACCAGGAAGGAGAUUCCUUCAAGUAGUCUCCCACCUUCCUUGAAAGUUUAUGAGCGGAGUUUAGAUGGCCAACACUCAGGGAUGCUUUGCUAAAACUGAAUUGCAAGGGUUUUGAGCUCGACGAGCCUUGGGGGUCCCUACGAUUUUAUGAAAUCCACACUACAAGGAAAAAAUAACCCGGGCAGAUGCUUAUUUUUAAAUAUCUUCCACCACCUGCCUCCCAAAACUGUGGGUAUACAUUUUUAUUUAUUUUUAUUUAUACCCCGCCCUCCCCAGCCAAGACUGGGCUCAGGGCGGCUAACACCAGGUAUAAAAACAAUUGAUUAAAAUACAACGUUAAAAUGCAGCCUCAUUUCAGUAGAAACUCAAAUCAAAAACUUUUUGGGGAUGAAAACCUCAAGUCUUCACCAAGGCCAACUAUCCAGACUGGUCCUACGUGGGCCAGAAAAAAGCCAGGGAAGUCCCCAAAUAGGAGUUCCAUCACAAGAGGAAAGAGGGGAAGGGGAUCAAGUUGAUUCCAAGCCAAAGGCCAGGCGGAACAACUCUGUCUUACAGGCCCUGUGGAAAGAAAUCAGAUCCCACAGGGCCCUGGUCUCAUGAGGCAGAGCGUUCCACCAGGCCGGGGCCAUCACUGAGAAGGCCCUGGCUCUGGUUCAGGCUAAUCUGACUUCCUUAGGACCCGGGACCUCUAGGGUGUUGCUAUUUAUGGACCUUAAGGUCCUCCGCGGGGCAUAUCGGGAGAGGCGGUCCCGUAGGUACGAGGGUCCUAGGCCCAUUUGUGUGCAUUGCGCCCUUGGGGAAACUUAGCAACAUGAUACAAAAGGUGUCCAUGGGCAAAUGGAAUGGACUUCCUCUGAAGGUGAUGGACUCUCCUUCAUUGGGUGGCUACAUCUCAGGGAUUCUUUAGCUGUGAUUCCUGCAUUGCAAGGGGCUGGACUAGAUGACCCUUGGGGGUCCCUUCCAAUGAUUCUACGAAACGGAUUCCUGGCUCAGUAGGGUGUGCAAUUUUAGGGGGUGAACCUAAAUGUUUGCAAUUUUAUCCAGCGAGCAGGCUUAAAAAACACAUUUUGGGGGCGUGAGGAAUUCCAACCAUCUAUUAUUUCUGUGGCAGCGCAGGCACCAUUUAGCCUGGUAAGUCUAUGGUUUAACGACAAAGCGCAUAAACCAGAAAGCCGAAUUGUUUUAGCUUUACCUUCUGAAAAUGUCGCGUAAUGCUAAAUACUAAUAAAAAAUGUUAAUAUAUAGCGCAACGACAAGCAACAACCGCUACGUCAUCGCACACACACAUUCUGGGAACCAGACAGAGGGCCUUCUCGGUAGUGGCGCCCGCCCUGUGGAACACCCUCCCUUCAGAUAUGAAGGAAAUAAGUAGCUAUCCUAUCUUUAAAAGACAUCUGAAGGCAGCCUUGUUCAGGGAAGUUUUUAAUAUUUAACGCUGUAUUGUUUUUAAUACUUGAUUGGAAGCUGCCCAGAGUGGCUGGGGAAACUCAGCCAGAUGUGCGGAGUAUAAAUAAAUUAUUAUUAUUAUUAUUAUUAUAUUAUUAUUCUGCUUACCAAUCAAAAACGAAAUCCUAUUAAUUUAACGAAAAUAUAUUUCGAAUGGCCGAGUCGCUUGUUGCGACUUACAAGCACUUCUUGGAAACUGAAAGUUGCAAAACGAAACGCGCCCUAUGGGCUCUGCAACCCACUUCCAGUUUCUGGAGGGUCUGGAGGGGGCGAUCCAAGUAACGGCUACUCUCCCCCCCACCUCAAAAAAACCCCGCAGGUGGUGUGGACACAGAGGCCGUGGGCGCCGUUUUCGACAUCUCCAACGCUGACCGCCUGGGCUCCUCUGAGGUGGAACAGGUGCAGCUGGUGGUGGACGGCGUGAAGCUGAUGGUGGAGAUGGAGAAGAAACUGGAGAAGGGCCAGGCCAUCGACGACAUGGUCCCUGCGCAGAAGUGAGAGGUUUCCCGCGGCCGCCGUCCUGCUGACCCCGUGUGGACUGGGGCUUGGACUCCGGGGGGGUGACCCCAACCCUGCCACUCCCGGCCACCCACCGCCCUGUCCCUAGGCGCCCUCCCUUCUCUUGCAAAGGAGGGCGGAGGGCCGCCUGGGGUGGGGCGGGGCAGCUGGGACGCUCGUGACACCUGAGUCCUAGUGGAUGGAGUUAAUAAAGCGAAUUAUGGCCCCCAGAGCCUUGCCUCCUCCCAAAAGGAG